AUGGGCAAUAUCUAUAGUAACGCAAUUCCAAUAUUUUUUUCCUACAAAGUCAAAUUUACUCGUGACAUUCCUCAAGAUUUUUACAUAAGUGGCGAUCGAGCUAAAGGAAUCAUCGAACUAACAACCAAUGAAACAAUUAAUCUGUACAUCAAAUACGGUUUAUUACACGUUGAACUCAUUGGCGAAAUACACUAUUUUAAAACACACAAAAAUGCAAAAGCUCCGAAUGGCAUCCAAAUCUUCUUUUGGCGAAAAGUCAAAUUAAUUCAAUUACCAAAAACAAAUCAACAAAAUAAAUCUCUUCAAAUCCAUCGUUGGGCAUUCGAUGCCUUACUCGAUUCCUUUCUUUCAUCAUCAUUACCGCCGAAAGAUGAAUCGAAACAAUUAUUUAACACAAAAAAGUUCGUUUUUAGUCUUCACUCGUUCGCCAACGCCAAUCCUUCUAAAAAAAACCCGCCUUUUCAAUAUUCAGUCAAAGGUAACUCAGUGAAAUUACAUUGA